AUGGAGACCCAUCAUUUUCUCCAGCCAGUGUGGGACUUGCUGAGGCUCCAGUGCAGAGAUUAUCUGCGAUCUCCACUCUUCCCGGUCGUUCUGACCGUGUCGUCCUACUUCCUCUUGUGUCUUCCUUUUCUUCUGUGUGACCUGAUGGGUGAGCGGUGGCCCCUGGUGCAGCAGUUCAAGAUCCAACCGUCUCGCCGACCAUCAGCUUCUUCGCUGCUGCACUGCGCCGGCGUCACUCUGCACAACCAUGUUUUUCUGGUGCUGCCGGCAUCGGUGGCUCAGUGGAUGUGGAGGCCUCCAAUCGAUCUGCCUGAGGAGGCCCCGACCCUCCUGGAGCUGGUUGGCGGAGUCAUCGGCAACCUUCUGCUGUUUGACUUCCAAUAUUUCAUCUGGCAUCUGCUCCACCACAAGAUCCGCUGGCUCUACGUCACCUUCCACGCCAUCCAUCACAAAUACGCUGCUCCUUUUGCGCUGGCCACGCAGUGUCUCGGGGGCUGGGAGCUGGUGACCGUUGGCUUUUGGACCACGCUGAAUCCGGUGAUCCUGAGGAGCCACCUGCUCACCACUUGGGCCUUCAUGGUAGUGCACGUCUAUGUGUCCAUCGAAGAUCACUGUGGCUACGACUUCCCCUGGUCAACCUCGCGGCUGAUUCCCUUCGGGAUGUAUGGAGGACCCAGCAAGCACGACGUGCACCAUCAGAAGCCUAACACCAACUUUGCACCGCAUUUCAGCCACUGGGACAAAAUCUUUGGGACCCAUGCUGAUUUUAGCUUCAUCGGCAAAGAGACGGGUUAA